AAUGAUUGCUGAUGAAACUAUCACUGAAGAUUCCGAUCAGAUGACGGAAGAAGAAGAUAGAAACGAAGGUAAAUUUGCAUCACAAAGCAACGUGGAGGCCGUUCGAAGAGCGCUCAGCUGCCCUUACUGCAUGGCUUAUAUGACUGCUCCGAUAUUCACUUGUGUCACUGGCCAUACCUUUUGUAAUGAAUGUAAGCCGCUACUGCAGAGGUGUCCCACGUGCCAGGCCUCUUUAGACGGACCAAGGAAUUACACUCUGGAGGAGAUGGCUAAUGAUAUGAAGGUGUCUUGUCAGUUCGACGUCAAUGGGUGCACCUUCUUCGACAGCACUUCUAAUAUGCGUAUCCAUGAACUGGAAUGCUCAUUAAACGAUUUGCCGAGAAAUGAGACAUAAAGUUUGUCAAUAAUAAUAAUCGGAGAUUAUUUAGCUUAAGAUCCUUUUUGAAAAGGGAUUAAAAAAGAUGGAAAUUGCAAAAUUAACUUGUUUACUUAUAAUUUUAAAACUAUAUUUGUAUUUAUACUUAUAUGAUAAAAAUAAAUAUUUUUGCAGAA